CACGCCCGGGCAGCCACGCCGUGCUGGGCUGUGCCAUCACCUGGACUUCAGCCUCAUCGCCCCGUGCCCCCCUUCGGCUGGAGCAGGUGCAUCCCCGAGGGGCUGCAGUGCUCGUGCGGCCCGGACUGGUACACGACCAACAACAAGUGGAACAACGAGUCCUACGUGCUCUUCCUCUUCUGCUUCUGCUUCGGCUUCCCCCUGGCCAUCAUCAUCCUCAGCUACGGGCGGCUGCUGCUCACCCUGCGCGCGGUGGCCAAGCAGCAGGAGCAGUCGGCCACGACGCAGAAGGCGGAGCGGGAGGUCACCAAGAUGGUGGUGGUGAUGGUGCUGGGCUUCCUGGUGUGCUGGGCGCCCUACACGGCCUUCUCGCUGUGGGUCGUGACCCACCGCGGCCACCACUUCGAGGUGGGCUUGGCCUCCAUCCCCUCCGUCUUCUCCAAGUCCUCCACCGUCUACAACCCCGUCAUCUACGUCCUCAUGAACAAGCAGUUCCGCUCGUGCAUGCUCAAGCUCGUGUUCUGCGGCCGGAGCCCCUUCGGGGACGACGACGACGUGUCGGGCUCGUCCCAGGCCACGCAGGUGUCCUCCGUGUCCUCCAGCCAGGUGGCACCUGCCUAGGCCCCGCCCCACGGGAGCCCCUGCCCCACGG